AUCCUGUAUCUGAAAUUAUAGUGUUUAUUUAUGUGUAAGUACAGACUGUAGUCCUCCAGGCUGCCUCGGUCCCUGGAUUCUCCACAGAGUGGUCCCUCUUCUUCGCCUCCAUCUCUGCUCCAAGUCUUUGUGCUCCAAGAGGCGACAGAACAACAGCUGGAUCCUCGGACCCGACCGACCCGCUAGCGGCUCCGCUAGCCGAACCAUCCCGCAGACACACGGCUCCCCGCGGCGACCGGACCUCCAGCAGCUGGUUGUGCGUCUGAUGAUGCUGUGUGAAGAUGGAGGCUCCUGAAUACCUGGACCUGGACGAGAUCGACUUCUCCGACGAUUCAGUGUAUUCGGUCACGUCUCUGAAGAGCAUCCCGGAGUUAUCGAGGAGGAGCGAUGGACCAGCAGAGGAACGGUCAGCUCCGGCCAUCAACUGGAGUCGCGGCGUUUCGUCCCACGGCGGUGGAGGAAUCAAACCCACGGGCCUCGCUGAGGUCCACAGUAAGUUCCGUCCGGUGAAGAGAGUCUCUCCUCUCAAACACCAGCCAGAAAACACCGACUCGGACUCAGAUGGUAAAGCUGAGAACCAGGGUUUGGUUCUGGGGGAGCCGGCUGAAGGCGGUAAGGAUGAUCCUGGUUCUGAUAAACCCUCUAACGCCCCAAACCCGUCCUCCGAUGGGCCGAAACCCAAAGGACUGGGAGGAGGAGGGGGAAACCCUCAGGCCCUGUUCGGGGAGCUAGAGCACUACGACCUGGACAUGGACGAGAUCCUGGACGUUCCGUACAUCAAGUCCAGCCAGCAGAUGUCCACGCUGCCUCGGGUUCCCCACGACAAACGCUCGGUGACGGGCAGCAACCUGGGAGGAGGAACCCUGGAGAGGAACCGGGGAGGAGCCCUGAAGAGCGCAGCUUUACCCCACAACGACAGCCUGAGUCUGGGAGGAAGCAGCAGCCAGACGCCGUACUGUGUUCUGUCUCCGGUCAAGUGGUCCGACCUCAGGAAGUCCAAGUCCAUGGAUCCAGACCUCCACCACCUCCACCGCUCUCCGGGAGGAGGAGGUUACCCGCCGGAGAUGCUCUCCUCCAGCCUCCUCAGCUGCUCCUCCUCCCUUUCAUCCUUCUCAGACGCAGAUAAGCUGCUGUCUGCUCGGGUCUAUCCAGACUCCCAGAACCAGAGGCCCGGUGUGGAGCCUCCAGGAGGUCCGGGGAUGAUGUUCCCCCUCCCUGGGUGCAGCUUGGGCAGGCAGGACGGAUCCAAACCCUGGGCUCCUGGAGCUGGAGGAGGACCGAGGGGCUUUGGAGGAGGAGGAGGAGGAGGAGUGGAGGUGGACGAGGAGACCAAGAAGAACCAGAACAUCAUCAACAUCGUCAGAGAGGGACAGAUCUCACUGCUGCCUCACCUGGCGGCCGAUAACCUGGAGCUGAUCAGAGACGAGGACGGGAACAACCUCCUCCACGUGUCGGCCUCUCAGGGCCACGCCGACUGUCUGCAGCACCUCACCUCCCUGAUGGGGGAGGACGGCCUGAACGAACGCAACACCCAGCAGCUCACCCCCGCUGGUCUGGGGGUCAAGAACGGUCAUCUGGAGUGUGUGAGGUGGAUGGUGAGUGAAACUGAAGCCAUAGCAGAGCUGAGCUGCACCAGAGAACAUCCCAGUCUGAUCCACUACGCUGCCCGCUAUGGACAGGAGAAGGUGCUGCUGUGGCUGCUUCAGUUCAUGCAGGAACAGGCCAUUUCUCUGGACGAAGUCGACCAGAACGGAAACACCGCCGUCCACGUAGCCGCUCAGUAUGGACACCUCACCUGUAUACAGACUCUGGUGGAGUACGGAUCCAACGUCACCGUCCAGAACCAGCAGGGCGAGAGGCCUUCCCAGAGUGCCGAGCGGCAGGGACACACCACCUGCGCCCGCUACCUGGUCGUCGUGGAAACAUGCAUGUCGCUGGCGUCGCAGGUGGUGAAGCUCACCAAGCAGCUCAACGAGCAGGCAGCAGAGAGGAUGACUCUGCAGAAACAGAUCCAGAGGCUGAUGGACCCCAACAAGACAGAAGGAACCCCCAACAGAUCACCAAGCUCCCAUCAGCCCUCUGUGGAGGCGUGGCCUGAGAUGAUGCUGACGGCGGAGGGGACUCCGGGUGACGGUCACUGGUUGGUCCGUCAGGGCGGCGUGGGUCCAGACUCGGUGCUGAGGCAGCUGCUGGGGAAGGACUCCACGGAGCCGCUGUGCCCCAGAGAGAGGCUCCCUCCGGCGGGCAGCCUGAGCCGGGACGUCCCCCCUGGAGGCCGGAGGACCGGGCUGGUGGAGCGGCGGGAGCUGAAGCUGGCCCGCCUCAAACAGAUCAUGCAGCGCUCCCUCAGCGAGUCCGACUCGGACGGAUACCCACCGGAGGAAGGUAAGAGCCACGGAGCUCCGCCCCCCGGCACGCUGCGACCCGAUAGGCCGUCCAACCUGCCGAUCGCAGAGGAGGAGCCGGCGUCCAAUCACCUGCAGCUGAUGAUGAGGAAGCACCUCCCCUCCUCCGACAGGAAGCUGGCGUUCUCCCUGAGCGGGUCCAAGUCGGUGGACGCCGUCGGCUUCAACCCGUCUCCGACCUCCAGCGACCCUGAGGCCACCGACGGGAAAACACCGGACACCGACGACGGCCAGAAGGCGGCAACGAGCCCCAAGAGCGCCCUGAAGUCUCCGUCGUCCCGCAGGAAGACGUCCCAGAACCUGAAGCUGAGGGUCACCUUUGACGAGCAGGUCCACCGGAGCUCCACCCAGGAGGCGGAGCCGGCCAGAGCCAAGGACCGGACGGCGACAGGAAGCUCCGAGAGCAAGAGGCCGUUCGGAACGUUCCGGUCCAUCAUGGAGACGCUGAGCGGGAACUCCAACCACAACAACAACAGCAGCAGCAGCAGCCAGGUGAGCUCCAAACCCAGCGGACACAACUCACCUGGCAGGAAGUCGGACAGUAAGAGCAGCCCGGGGGGCGGGGCUAAAGGCAAGAGCAAAAGCAGUAACGUUUAAAGUGCCUCCUGGUGGCGGGAAGACGGAACUACGCACAAACACAGGAAGAACGCAGUCGGAUUGAACAGGAAGUGGAGGUUUUUCUUUUUAUUUUAGUCCGUUUACGUCUCCUGAAGUAUGAAAUCUUCUCCUUUCUGUUCCGUCUGAUCGCCUGCAGCACACUUAACUACAUUUACAUUUAAAAUGAGGCCAAACUCACUUCAUUAGAUGCUAAAUUACCCAUAAAACUACGGUUCUGCUUUUAUUUUCUGACCUUCAUUGGUCUCCUGUCACCUUCAGGACAAAAUAAUCUGAACUCGAGGUUCGUUUUCUGUCUUUUCUGGAGCUUUAAACACUAGAACUACUCUGAACCAAAGGAAAAACACUAAAUUAGCAUAAAAGGUUUGUAUUGUCCAUCAUUUAAACCAGUUUUCUCUGUUAAGUUGAUAAGAAGAGACUCGGAGCUCUGUCAUUUUUAUAAAUUUUCUAGUUUUUAGAUUAUCUCAGUAUUUGUUUUGUUCAGUUUUGCAUCUAUUUGUUUGUCUUUUUUCAUUGUUUUCUGUCUUUCUGUGCUCGUUUUGUGUCAUUUUCUGCUGGUUUUGUGCAUCUUUGUUGAUGUUUUUGGCUGUUUUUUGUGUCUUUUCUGUUGUUUUGUUUCAGUUUCCAUUCAUUUUGCUCUUGUUUGUCUUAUUUUUUUGUCUCUUUACAUCAGUUUUAAUCUCUUUCUGCUCAUUUUGUGUGUCUGUUUGUCAGUCUUUCCUGCUGUUUUGCGUCUGUUUGUGUUCAUUUUGCGUCUCUCGAUCAGUUUUGAACUCUCUGAUCAUUUUGUCUGCAUUUUUAUUGUUUUCUGUGGUCUAUUUUAGAUCUCAGUGUUUGUUUUUAGUCAUUUUGUUCUUGUUUUGUUUCUGUUUGUGUUCAUUUUCUGUCUUUUUCUGCAACUCUGAGAUUGUUUAAAGCAUUUUUUAGCUCCAGAAAACGGCAUUAAGUCGACCUUAAAUAAGAUCACAUUCCAAACGUCAGAAAUCUUCAGUCGUCCUGAGGUUUUUUUAUUCUUGUUAGUCGUCUUAUUUGUUUGUUUUUUGUUGUUUUUAAAGCCGGAAACACAAAGCCAGAAGCAGAAAUCUCUCUUCUCCUACAUUUGUAGUUUUUCCACUUUUAUUUUGCUUCGUUUUUUUCUCUUUUUUUGGUACAAAAGAGAUUUUCUGAUUUGUUUGAUGAACUUCAGUAUUUAUGUUUCUGCACACUUCCAAUGAAACGUGAUAUAAUCCUGCUCACGUGCACAACAAAUACAACCACUGUACAUAUAAAUAUAGAUAUAAGAUAGUAUUUAAUUUGUUUUGUUAACAUUGUAUUCCACUUUGUUUUGCUCCUUUCUCUUGCUUUUAUCUCUGCAGUGUUUUGGGCGUGAAGCCGCCGAUCGUUGUGUUUCUGAAACUUUUAACUCCACAGAUUUCAUGAGAUGAAGCGACUCGAGGCUGAAAUCUGACGAGAAAAUCUGCAAAAAACCAGCAAAACAGGAAGUUUCUGCUUCUGGAGACGAUUCAGCAACGAUUAGCAGAAGAACAAUCAACAACUGUUUGAAUCAUUUAAGCAGAUUUUAGGAGAUUUUUAGGACAUUUCUGCCAAAACUCCCCAAAAUCUUCACUUUUCCAUGAACUAAAGGCGUGGAAAGUUUAAAAAAAAAACUGUGUUAUUCGACGUUCACUGUGGAUUUUAAUAUUCCAGAUGUUUUUAUUGACAAUUUUGAAGCAUAGGCAAAAAAUAAGUUAAAUUUAAAGACAUUCUUUGUCUUAAAUAUGAUCAUAGAUGAUUUCUUUUUGUCUUCCUGUAGAAACUAAAACUUCCCUGAGCUGAAAAUAAAACAUUUUGGCUUUGAUUGUGAUGAGUUUAAUAUUUUCCACGAUAUUCUAAAGCCCCUGAAGACAAAAUGAUGAAGAUCUUAAUGAGAUUUUCAGGUAAUUUAUCUGUUUAAAUAAAACCGUUAGAAGUGAUUUUUUUACUGUAGUUUGAACAAAUCUUACAAUUUAUUUAUUUUGUAGAUUUUUUUAUCAUUUUUUUUUUUUUACAAAAUUUUCCUGUAAAAUUACACAAUUUUUUAUAUUUUAUUGUAUUGUCAUUUUAGAGAUAUUUCCCAUUAUUUAAAAGAUAUCAUUAUAAAAUUACAGAAAUAAAAUAUUAAUUCACAUUUAAACUUUAAAAUGGUGAAUAAUCUCCACAUCAGCGGAAUUAAUAUCAAAAUGACAAAUAUUGAUAUCUAUUAUUAUUUUAAAUAAUAGAUAUUGCCAAAAAUCCAAUAUUUGUGGAUUCCAACUGUGUUUAAGAAAUAAAUCAGGAAAAAUAAAAGUUGAUAAUUUAACUAAUUAUUGUGACUUUCUGCUGAACUUUUGGCAGCUGAGAUUUAAAAACUGCUUUUAUUUUGUAGUUUUCUGGCUCUUUAGUGUUUAAUAGCGACCCCUAGAGGCAGCAGUGAGCGUUACAGCGCCAUAACGAGGUUUAAUUGAGGAAAAGCUCUCAGUAUUUGAUCAUUUUCACCUCAGUGUUUAAUCUGAAACUUCACCGUCCACUUCCUGUUUUAUUGUGAAAUCGCUCAGAUUACAGCCUCUGUUGGUCAGAAGCUUGGAGAUAAACUGGAUUCUGAGAGGUUUUUUAUUCAUACUGUUACAGGUUUCAUCCGGUUUACUGACUUCUGCUUUACAAUUUAUUUUUACAGUUUUUUUUUUUACCAUUUUAAAGGUUUACAUGAAGCCGAAUCUUCAGGUGAUGCUGGAUUGUUUGGGAAAAUCUCUGUCCAAACGUCUUCGAAUGAACCAGAAAUAUCAUGUUUGGUUUAAUCUAGACCAGCAGAACUCUAAAUGUACCAUUUAUUCCGUUUACCAUGAGGUGUUUUUACUCCAUGUCCAGCAGAAAAACUCAACGUUUCUCCAGAAUAACUGCUGGUUUAUUUGAUAGAUCUGUAAUUAUUCUAAUAAUUUACCCAUUUUUUGGAAAGAACUGUGUAAUUUGGUGCUGAAUUUAGUCAAACACCUUCAACUGAAAGACUUUUUUUUAAUGAAAAGCUGCCAAAAAGUGCGAUCUGUUUCCAGGAAGCCGAUGAUUCGACACAUUUGGGUUUAAAAUGAACAGUUUUUGUUACAAUUAGCACCAAACUACGUCGUUUUUCUCCUGAAUGUCCGGCUGAAUUAUCGUCAAACUACAGAUCUGUGAAGCCACCUGAAGGUUUAGAAGCUGCCCGUUGUGUUGCUCGUUGCCAAACAAUCUGUGUUGUGUGUUUGAUGAGAUGGUUUUUCCUCGUUGAAGGACUCGAAUGGAGCUCGAUCGGUUUCUAACGGACGUUUUACCGUCAAUGCAAAAAAAAAAGAACAAGAAAACUGUAAAUAAGUGAAACAUCGGUGAAUGUUGGAGCAGAUUUUCUACUAACCAGACGUCCUUCUGUUAUUUAAACUGUUGAAGACGAACUGAAAUAAACUUUAUUUCUGGACUUCCA